CGCGGGGGAAAUUAAGAAUACUUUAAAAGGAUGAUUUGCAUCUUUCUUCUUCUUCUUCUUCUUCUCUGCCUUAUUCGUUCAACAUGUCUGCACAACAACAAGAAGUCAAAAGGGUAUCUGCCUCUUCUGCAAUUCAAUUUGUAGAAAAUGUUUUACGUGGAAAUGGAGCAUCAGUAGAAGAUGCACAAAUCGUUGCCCAUUGUUUAAUCGAAGCAGAUUUACAUGGAGUAGAUACGCACGGAGCAAAUCGGAUUCCAUCGUAUAUGGAACGUGUACGACAAGGUGUUUUGGAUCCAAAAGCACAAAUGGAAACCAAAACUAUCACGCCUGUAGUUCAUCAAAUUGAUGCAAAGAAUGGUUUCGGUUUUGUAGCGGCAACAAAAGGAAUGAAUGCAUGCAUUGAAAGUGCGCAUACAUUUGGAAUUGGUAUGGCUUCUAUCAAACAUUCUAAUCAUUUCGGCAUGAGCGCUGCUUUUGUUCGACAGGCUAAUGCGGCAGGCUAUAUGAGUUUAGUCUUUACCAAUUCUUCACCUGCUUUACCUGUUUGGGGCGGAAGAACCAAACUUAUGGGCGUUUCCCCAAUCGCCUGUGGUGCACCAGGCGGAAAGAACGGAAUCGACUUUGUAUUGGAUAUGGCACCUUCCGUCGCAGCAAGGGGAAAGAUUUAUCGAGCCAAGAGAAGAAAUGAGACUAUACCUGAUGAUUGGGCAAUAGAUGCAGAAGGAAAACCAACAACGGAUCCAAGUGCGGCACUAGAAGGCUCAAUGUUGCCGAUGGGAGGACCAAAAGGAAGCGCAUUAAGUAUAAUGAUGGACGUUUUUUCGGGCGUUUUAUCUGGUUCUGCAUUUGCUGGACAUGUGGUAAACCCUUAUCAUCCUACAGAACCUGCAAAUGUUGGCCAUUUUCUCGUUGCAAUAAAGCCUGAUCUCUUUAUGGAUUUAGAGGAAUUCAAGGAGAGACUUGAUCAUUUAUAUCAAAGGGUGAUUGGAUCGGAAAAGCGGCCUGGAACGGAAAGAAUAUACUUUCCCGGCGAAAUUGAAGCGGAAGAAGCAAAGAAAAGAAGACAAGAUGGUAUUCCAUGGACUAUGGCAGAGAUUGAAGCUUUGAACGGGGAAGCAGAUAAGGUGAAUAUGCCACAUUUGGAAAUAAUGUCUUAGUUGUUGGGGAUCUUUAUUGCUUCCGACUUGACCCGAAGAAUAGAAAGGUUGACAUGCAAAGGAGGACAAUAAGACAAUGUGAUAUGAUUAGCAUUCAUUUAUUGUAGCCGUGGGGGAUUCGCUUAGAUGUACUAGCGUGAUGGAGAAAAUGGAUCGUUGCCACAUUUGAAAUGCUCAUGCUUUGUGUCUUUUUUUCGUUUACCCCACGUUGAACGGACCCCA